AGCCAACACCGUAACACUUCUUGCUCCUUCUUCCCCGAAGUUUUGACUCUCCCGAUGAAAUCUAAAACAAAUAAACCAAAUCAAUCUGCUUAAUCUUUAUUUAACAUGGAAUCACAUCAUCCGCCUCCGCCGUCUCCGUCGCCGCCGUCUUCUUCUUCCUCAUUCACUGAAAAUUGGAAGGAGCGGAUACUCAUCCCCACUAUUCUUGGAGGGAUUGGUGGUGGAGGAGUUGGGUUGAUUUCUAAGUAUAGACCAACUCAUGGACUGGCUAAUAUUUCUGCUACUUAUGCUACUAAUUUUGCUAUUGUCUCUGCUUGCUACUGUGGGGCACGUGAAUUUGUAAGGGUAUCUCGGAAAUCAGAACCUGAUGAUCUAAUAAACUCUGCAGUUGCUGGAUUUGGUACUGGUGCUCUUCUUGGACGUCUUCAAGGUGGUCAAGCUGGCGCCUUCCGUUACUCAAUCAUCUUUGCUGUUGCGGGAACAACCUUGGAUUUUGCAACAAUUAAGCUAAGACCAAAUUUGAAGAGUUUCAAAGAAUGGUUACAUGGAGAGAAAGGUAGUUGGUUGGAACUACCAGAGUGGUCUCCGAUUCGAGUACUGGAUGAGGAAGCCCUUGCAGCUAAACAAGCUAGGGAUGAGCAACUUUAUAAGCAAAGAAUGCAAACAGCACUUGGUCAACUUGGCAAAGAAGAAUCUUGAACAGACUUUUUUUUUCUGAAUCAAAAUUUUGUCAAAUUUUAUCUAGCAAUGAUACGUUACUAUAUUUUGCCUACCUGUGCUCAGUUUGUAGUUUAUACCAAAUGUUUAUGUUUAUGGUGUGUUUGGUUUAAAUAAAUUUCAUAAAUUGUUUAGAA